CACUUUUUGCAGAUAUACCAAUCAUUAGUCCAGUGUACGUGUAUAUAUAUAUUUUCCCAACAAUUUUAAACGAAGAAAUUAACGGAACGAGAUAUGAGUGCAAACCCUAGUAGCAGUGGCGGUGGUGGAAGCAGUUCCGGUAGCGGUGGCUGCGGCGGUGGCAGUGGCGGUGGUGGUGGACCCUGUGGGGCCUGCAAGUUCUUGAGAAGGAAGUGCGUUCCGGGUUGUAUAUUUGCACCUUACUUUGAUUCGGAACAAGGUGCGGCCCAUUUUGCGGCGGUUCAUAAGGUGUUCGGAGCCAGUAACGUGUCGAAGCUUCUUUUACAUAUUCCGGUCCACAAACGGCUCGAUGCGGUGGUGACUAUUUGUUAUGAGGCCCAAGCCCGGCUCAGAGAUCCGGUUUAUGGCUGUGUUGCUCACAUAUUUGCUCUCCAGCAACAGGUAGUGAAUUUACAAGCUGAACUCUCAUACUUACAAGCUCACCUAGCAACCUUGGAGCUUCCGUCACCACCGCCACCUCCACCACCAACAACACUGGUAACCCCUCCUCCGCUCACAAUAGCAGACCUUCCGUCGGCCUCCUCCGUGCCAACUACGUACGAUUUGUCAUCCCUUUUCGAACCGAUGGUUCAACCUUGGGUCAUGCAGCAGCGGCCAAUGGAUCCACGACAAUUCGGAAGUAGCACAGGCUCAUCAUCAGGUACUGGCGGCAGUGGUGGUGGUGAUCUUCAUGCUUUGGCUCGUGAACUCCUACACAGACAUGGAUCCCCACCCCAUGGUUCUAUGACGUGCCCUGAUGCUUCAUCUUCACCAUCUUCUCUCUCUAAAUGAGAUUGAACUGAUACACAAACUGCUUGCCUGAGGUUCAUAUAAUUGAUCUAUAUAAUUUUUUUUUUCCCCUAAUACAUGCACCUUGUUCUUUGUU